GUUCUCUGACACUGACUACAUUACAUCUAAAUUAUCAUUAUGAUUAUUAUACAUUUUAUAAGUUAAUGCUAGUUUAUAUUUUUUAAAAGAAAAGCUUAUUUGAAAGCCCUUUGAAGGGCAUCAACAUAAUUCUAUGGUAUACGUAUAACACAAACACAAGCUCCUCCUCAGCGGUUUUUCUCAGUCCACACACACAAAGAUACACCAUAAGAGCGAUCAGACUUCCACAUCAACAACUCACUUCAGGUGAUAUACAAAACUUUCCCUAGAAUGGAAACCAGCAGGGUCAUCUCAACUGACAAAGCAACGGUUGUCAUCCAAAUAAAUCCACAGGCGGCACAAAAUGCUGUUAUUUGUGAUGAUGGACAGGAGGCCAGAGGAGAAUAUCACAAUACGGCUCUUAAGGGUUUUUUUAAAGCACAACCAAAGGCACUGGGGUCUGUGCAGAUAAUGAUCGGAGUGAUGAUCUUCCUACUUGGUAUUGUACUCACCACAAAUGUCGACCGUUUCGGUACUCUUUAUGUCUUUAGUGGAAUAACAUACUGGGGAUCUUUCAUUUUCAUCAGUGCUGGAUCUCUGUCUGUUGCUGCGCAGAAUAAACUUCAUCCCUGUGUGGUGAAAGCCUCUCUUGGAAUGAAUGUGAUCAGUGCCAUAACUUCAGCGAUAGCCGUUCUUCUGAUGGGCAUACAGAUAGGAAUCCAUCCAAUGCCAUAUCAAAGUUGCUACUAUUCUCUUAGUUACUCUGAAAAUUACUCUGAAAAUUACAUCUGUAUAUAUUUUGAGAGAUAUGGUUGGGGGAUCAUUGGAAUAAUGAUGGUGUUAUCCAUCCUUCAGUUCAUCAUCUCCAUCUGUAUCUCAGGCUUUGCCUGCAAAGCCACCUGCGACAGAGACUCUACAGUGGUCAAUGUGGCACUAAACCAGGGAUACUGAGUCACAGUGAGAAGAUCUUACUGUUUAAAGGUUGCAAGAAAUUAAUAUCACAUUAAAGUACAUCAAACAAUUUGAUUGUUGAUACGAAGUACGAAGUCAUGCACUUUUUUUUUUUUUUUUUUGCUUUGACCUAAAAUUGAAACCAGUUUAAUAAACAAGCUGUCACUGUGCAUGAUGUUGGUAAAUGUUUGUGGUCAAUUAAUUCUCUGCAUCUGGUCUCUCAGUAUCUGUAAAACCACCUGUUUCUACUGAGCAAUGCUUCACUAAACCAAGUCAAUGGUUUUGGUAGCUGUGUUGUGGCAACCAUAACUAUGGCAGACAAUAUUAUUUAUGUUAUAGUAUGAUUGUGCAGUGCAAACUAAAUCUUCUAGAGUGUACACGUAUUACAUUACUGCAGUAUGCUUAUGUUCGAGAUAAAUCAAUCUAUAUGUACCACUGACAAGAGUAAAGGUACAGCUGUAGGUGCAGAAUGGAAAGGAAAUAUAAAGCAACCACAAUGGUGAACUGCCUGGCACCUCAUUGGUGUGAAACUAGGACGUUCAUUUGUCUAAAAAAAAUGCAGAAUGUUUUCAGUGAGGGUUGUGGUUAGGGUACAUAAUAUGGUGUUCUUAUCUUACAUUGUCUAUGGAAAGUGUGCAUAAUUAUAUAAAAACUAGUUUGUGCGUAUGUGUGUGUCUGAUUUGAACACAGACAUGUCUGCUGGUACUUUUAAUGACAGAU